AGGAUUAGCCUAACCCCGUUGCCAAACAAAGAUAAAUCUUUCUUAACCCCACACCCCAAAACCCUAGACCUAUCCCACGCUUGCCUAUAAAAGCUGGAUCCCAGUCUCUUCAACCUCAACCCAGGCGGCGACUCAAACCCUAGUUCAUUAAGGUGAGCAACAAUGGCGGUGCCUUUGCUUACGAAGAAGAUCAUUAAGAAGAGGGUCAAGAGGUUCAUUAGGCCCCAGAGUGAUCGCAAGAUCUCUGUUAAGGAAAGCUGGAGAAGGCCAAAGGGUAUUGAUUCUCGUGUGAGAAGAAAGUUCAAGGGAGUUACUCUUAUGCCCAACAUUGGUUACGGCACUGACAAGAAGACACGCCAUUAUCUCCCAAAUGGGUUCAAGAAAUUUGUUGUGAACAACGUCAAGGAGCUGGAACUUCUCAUGAUGCACAACAGAACCUACUGUGCUGAGAUUGCACACAAUAUCUCUACGAGAAAGAGGAAGGAGAUCGUUGAGAGAGCCUCUCAGCUUGAUGUUGUUGUCACUAACAGUCUUGCUAGGUUGCGUAGCCAAGAGGAUGAGUAGACCAGACCUUGUUCCGGUAUUGUUCUCAUUUCUGCUUUUGAACUUGGAACAUUUGCCAGUUCUUUUGAGUAGACUCGUUUUUGUUUCAUCUGAUACUAAGCGUUAUUUGAGUUAUUUUUCUCAAUAGCUUUGUCUGUAGUGUACAAAUAUACUAAGUAACCUGAUUCUCUUAUUUGUAUUAUGGUUUUCUUGUUUUAUAAGUGUGAGCAAAUCACAGUUUUCAA